AUGUCAGACAUUAACUCCACAAACCCCAGGACUCUGGGCCGGGGAAUCUGCAUCAUCACUGGAGCCUCCAAGGGAUUCGGACAGGCGCUGGCAUAUCAAGUGUCCCGCUCUCUGGAGCCCCGCUCGGUCCUCCUGCUGGUGGCUCGCUCAGGGCCUCUGCUGCAGGAGAUGAAGGAAGAGCUGCAGAGUGCCACUGAGGAACAGCAGCUGGUGGUUCACUGCGUCGCUGUGGAUCUGAGGACCAAAGAGGGUGUGGAUGAAACGGUCAGGGUGGCAAGGCAGGAAGCUGUAGAUGAAAUAGAACAUGUGCUUCUGAUCAACAACGCUGCCUCUUUGGGUGACAUUGCCAAGUUUGAGACUUUCACCAAUCCUGAUGAGGUGAAUUCCUAUCUGUCCCUCAACGUAAGCUCCCCUCUGGCUCUGACAGCAGGGAUCCUGCAGUUGUGUCCCUGCAGGCCGGGCCUACGAUGGAGUGUGGUAAACCUCUCGUCUAUGUUUGCACUGCAGGCCUUACCCUCCUGGGUGCUAUACUGUACCGCCAAAGCAGCCAGGAAUAUGAUGUUCUCAGUGCUGGCCAAGGAACAGCAACAUGUCAAAGUCCUCAGCUACUCUCCAGGUCCAAUUGACACAGAUAUGCAGAAAGAAAUCCUGAGAUUAACAAAUGUCAAUCAUAAUCCCAUGCCCUGCCAUGAAUCUGCAGCCAAACUGAUGAAGCUGCUGCUGGACAAUAACUUCUCCUCAGGAGCACACCUCGACUUCUUCGAUGUGUGAUAUCUAUACGAGAAAGAGUCAAAAAGAAUAGUGUCCGUUGUGUAAAUUAUUAGAUGUCAUUACCUUGCUAAAGUUAGAGAGAAAGACCCAUGCUCUUUGCUAUUGCUCUUAAACUCUCUGGUAGAGCACAGAAUUAGCUUUAUCUACUACAA